AACAUACCUGUUUGUCAAAUAAUCAGCAAUAAACUCUACUGUAUCCACUACCGUAGUUAUUGCUGACUUAACCUAACCUCAAUUUCUCACAUGUCAAAACAAUAUUGUGCUUGCCUCUUGCUAAAUUUAAUAAUUUUUUUAAGCCCGGUUUAUUUUUUAUCUUAAUUAACCAUGGCAAAAACGAAAAACCGAAAACGUAUUUCCGUGGAGAAAAUCCAGAAGAAGCGCCAAAAUCAAACGGAGAAAAAGCUAAAUCCCUUCGAGGUGCACAUAAACAAGGAAAAAAUGCGAGUUUUAGGCAAAAAAUUGAAGAACGAAAAAGGUUUACCGGGAGUUUCCAGGGCUAAAGCCAUACAGAAACGUAAACACACUCUGCUAAACGAAUACAAGCUUCAACACAAAGUAAACAAGUUCAUGGACAAGCGUAUUGGUGAACGAGGCCAGGUACCCCAAGAAGACAAGAUUAUGGCAAGGUUUGCUGCGGUUCGGGCUAAAGCCCAUAAUAGAAAAAGUAUAUUUAAUUUGGCCGAUGAUGAAGUGCUUACACACAGGGGGCAAACUUUAAGUGAAAUUGAAAAAUUUGAUGAUCCAAGAUCUGAGGAUGAAGACGAUGAUGAUGAUGAUAAAAGGAAAAAUGGGAGACUUGAUGCCAAUUUUGUAGAAGAAGUUCAUUUUGGUGGUGGGGUCUUAACGAGUACUGGACAAGAAGGUGCGAAAACUCACAAGCAACUUAUAGAACAACUUAUUGAGGAAUCAAAGAAAAGAAAGGCGGAGAAACAGAAAAUUAAGGAAGCCACCCUUGAAUUGACAGAAAAACUUGACACUGAAUGGAAGGAUUUAGUGCAGCUUGUAAGCAAAAAGGACAAAAAGGAUGCUAGUGAGGAGCCAAAACCCAAUCUGGAUGAUUAUGAUAAAGUGAUGAGGGAACUUAGGUUUGAGGCAAGAGGUACUGUCUCAGAUAGACUAAAAACUGAAGAUGAAAUCGCAAAAGAAGAAAAAGAGAGACUGGAGAAAUUAGAGCAGGAAAGAUUAGAAAGGAUGAGAGGCUUCACAGAAAACAAUCCCAAAUCUGGACCAAAUCACAGAAGUGCAGAUGAUCUUGAUGAUGAUUUUGUCAUUGAAUCUGAUGUUGAGGAUAAUGUUUUAACAUAUGAUGAAGAAGGCAAGUCCAAUGUUAAAAUCAGGGCUGAAAUCAAUGGGAAAUCUAUUGGUGAUAGUGAGGAGGAAGUAGAGGCUCAUGUAAGUAAUAAUUUAGAAGAAUCUGAUGAUGAGGUAGAAGAGGAGCAGGAAGAAGAGGAGGAAUCAGGCUCAGAAGACUCACUUGCAGAUCUUAAAGAGGGGGAGGAGGAUUCAAAUAGUGAAAGUGAGCCAGAAACCAAGGAACCUAUAACAAAGGAUAAAAUACCUUCAAAAAACCCAGAGAAAAAAGAUAAAGAAAUAUCAGAAAGUGAAAAGAAAGAGUUAGAAAAGGCAGGUAACGAACUCCCAUUCACUUUUCAGUUGCCAGAGAUUUAUGAGAGCCUAAUGGAAACUUUACAGAACAAAUCUCCAGCUCACCAGAAGAUUAUUUUGGAGCGGAUGAUCAAAUGCAACCAUCCAAGCCUUUCCCAAGCAAACAAGGCUGGUUUAGGACUGUUGUUUGCUUAUAUUCUACAAUACAUCAAUGAUCUCUUUAGUGACAUUGAAAAUGCAGAAGUCUGCAGAAAUAAUUUUAAACUUUUGGCCACUUUAAUGCCCCAUAUAUUUGACUUGGCACAGCUAAACAAAGAGAAUGCUCAUAAUUCUAUCCUGGAAGUCAUAAAAGAGAAGCAUCAAGAAUUCAGAAAGAAAAGCAAGAAAUAUCCCGGUCUGGAGGUCUUGGUUUUCUUGAAACUAGUUAGUCUAUUUUUCUCAACUUCAGAUUUUAGGCAUCAAAUUGUCACUCCAUGUUUUAUGUUUAUGGAACAGAUGCUCAGGACAUGUAAAGUGAAGGAACCAAAAGACAUUUCUUAUGGCUUAUUUGUUUGCACUUUGGUGCUUGAAUACACAGCACUCUCCAAAAGGUUUUUACCAUCAACGAUCACUUUUUUGUCAGGAAUCUUGCAUAUGGCCAUCCCCAAAAAAUCUGUUAAAAUAAUUAAAGUUGUACCCCCAUUUAAACCACUUUGCACUGACUUAGUACUAACCGAAACAUACAAUGAUAGCCAACCACCUCAAAAAUUCAAUGUAGCCAACUUGCUAGAGCAAGAAUUCUCUGAUAACUUUAAAGUGUCUUGUUUACACCUUACUUUGAAAUUACUCAACGAAUUUAGGGAGAACUUGCAAGAGCUCCCUAGUAAUGUAGAGAUAUUUGCUGAUGUAGAUAAGUAUUUAGGUCAAAUCUCUAUGGAAUUUUAUCCAGAUUUAGUUAAGAGAGAGUACAAAGAGUUCUGUGAUAGUUUUAGUAAAAUGAAAUCAGAAAGGAGAUUGCAGCACUUGGUGAUGGAGCAGAAAAAGCCUAAGGCUUUGAGGUUAUAUGAACCCAAGAUUGAAGAAGUAUAUGAUGGAAAAAGGCAUAAAAUGCAAUCUAAAGAAAAGGCCGAAAGGGCUAAACUUAUGCAUAAACUUAAGAAGGAAACCAAGGGUGCCAUCAGGGAAAUCAGGAGGGACAAGUCGUUUCUGGGAAGGGUUAAAAUUACCCAACAGAUUCAAAGUGACAAGGAGAGAACUGAAAAAGUCAAGAGAAUUUACUCAGAAGCGGCAAACCAGCAAAGUGAACUCAACGCCCUGGACAGACAAAAGAAACGAAAAAAAUAAUCUUUUAAUUGUAAAUAUAUUUUUAAGAUCAACAAUAAAUCGAUUAAUUCACGUUA